AUGGAUACGGGACAGGGCUGUUGUUUCCAGUUGGUUCCACCCUCCAACAUGAAAUGGUUUUGGUUGAUUUUCCCUAGUAAUACUUUAUACUUGGCCUGGUUGUUGGCAAGUGGCUGCGCACGUCUGUGCACUCCCUUGAUUAGUUUCCACUGUUUAUUCAGGCCAACCCCAUCUGCAAAGACACAGUUUAAUACGAAUUUCAGUCUAGGUGCUACAGUCUGAAAAUGUACGAAAGACACUACAAAAUAUUGCUGA